AUGAAUCCUGAAAAACUUGCCAAGCUUCAAGCACAAGUUCGGAUUGGUGGUAAAGGAACACCAAGACGUAAGGUUAAAAAGGUAUAUAAAACUGUUAAUAAUGAUGAUAAAAAACUACAGUCUACACUCAAGAAACUUAAUGUUCAAGCAAUUCCAACAAUUGAAGAAGUAAAUAUGUUUAAAGAAGAUGGAUCUGUUAUCCAUUUUACAAAUCCAAAAGUUCAAGCAUCAGUUCAUUCAAAUACAUUUGUAAUUAAUGGUCAUGGUGAAGAAAAGGAUCUUACAGAAUUGGUGCCAGGAAUUUUGAAUCAACUAGGACCAGACUCCCUUGCAUCACUUCGUAAAUUGGCAGAAUCUUAUCAUCUCAAUUUAUCAUCUCAAGGUGCACAAGGUGAUAUUGUCAGUGGCAGUGGUGGUGGUGCUACUGGUUCAGCAGAUGAUGAUGACAUUCCAGAAUUAGUUGAAAAUUUUGAAGCUACAAGUGAAAAGAAAGAUGAAGAUGAUAAAGAAGCAGAAGUAAAAAACAUUGAAAAGGCAUCAAUAGUUUCUAGGUCUGGAUUUUGGAAUCAACAUCAAGGCCUUGAUGCAAUAUUGGAAAAAUUCAAUAAAUCAUUAAAAUCCAGUUAUGGUAGAGAUUAUCGAGAUUAUUAUGACCGUUAUGAUCGUGAUAAAUAUGUUCAUUACGAUCGUGAUCGAAUAAAAGGAAGAGAUAGAGAUGGUAAUUACAAACAUCUAAAUAAUAAAAAUGAUGAUGAUUAUACUUCAAAAAUGGAUGAUAGGGGACUGCAAGCAAUCAAAGAUGCUGGAGAAGUUACUUCACAAGAUUUUAAUCCUUUAUAUGCAAAUAAACGCGAAGCUCAAAUGUUUGGACAUGGUCAUCUUGCUGCUUAUUUUUUUAUGAAAAUGGAGAUUGAUAGGCGAAAAGAAUUAAAAACCAUGUGGGAUGAUCGAUACUGGCGUAUAUUCAAAGAAGAUUUCAAUAUUGCAACUAAAGGUGGCAGUAUUCCAAAUUCUAUAAGGCCGUGGAAGGAAUCUGGUUUACCACAAAGAAUACUUGAUUUUAUUGAAAAUAUUGGAUAUAAGGAACCAACACCUAUUCAACGACAGGCUAUUCCUAUAGGUUUACAAAAUAGAGACAUUAUUGAUUUUAACAAACUUUCUGGAUCCGGCCUUGUUGACAUAAUGUGA